AUGGCUUUGCAGCAAUGUUACAAACAACUUUACAAUUACAUCCAUGAAACAGAGAGUGGAUCACUCUACAUGGGAGAAGCCAUUGAUAUGGAUGAAAUUUGGAAAAUUAUCCUCAGUAAUUCGGAAGAAUCAAUUCAAGGUCUUGCAGGUUUUGAGCAACUAUUAGACCAAUACUCAGGAAUUAACGAAGAAACCGAGAAAAUUAACUCUAUUAUCACUGCUGUCAAGAAAUUUUCAAAUCAUAAUCUAUCAAUUAAAGAAAGGAUCAAAAGUGCAAGUGGUCUUAUCAACUUUAUGGCAUACUUUGAUGAAAAAUCCAUGCUAUCAGUGAUAAAAUCGUUUAUUGACAUUUUAAGAAUACUUUGCAAACAAUCAGAGACAAUUCCAUUCAAAUUAGUCAGUGAUUUAUGCAUAUACGGCAAUAUUCCAGAUGCAUCUCUUGCAAAGAUCUACGAUUAUUUACAGAGUCUUCCAAAAGAAGAUUUAGUUCCAGUCUCGUUUAUUCAUGGCCUAUUAUUCUCGCAUUACAUGGGCUCACUUGAUGAAAGCACCGAACUCGAGCUUGACAAAGUUCUUUCUUCAAUAGAUAAUUUAGUUUUAACUUUAGCGAACGGAACUCCACUUGAAUGCGCCGCUGCAUGCCACCUUGAAUCAGAAAUAGGUUCCUUAUCGGAAGAUGACCCUCACAUGAUUCUAACAGAGAUUUUUGAACCCGCAAUUAAAUUAGCUUGUAAUAAAGACCCAAUAUUAGCUAAACAAGGCCACAGAGCAAUUCUUAAUCUAUUCAAUAACAGACUAUGCAUUUCUUACGACUAUAUUAUCAAAUUCCUCGAUUCAAAAUCUCAAUAUACGAAUCUUCAUCAUUAUUACAAAGAAUUAAGGGAACUUGUUGUCGAAAGUGACGAUGAAGAAGAGGAAGAAAACAAAUUUAGCGAAUUUACUCUUACAGAUGCUUCGAGAAAGAAGAUUUUGAAAUUCUUACAUCGAAUUAUUGUAGAACCAACAACUUCUGACGAAGAAAGAGCCGAAGCACUCCUUACUGUAUCGAAAUUAACCACAAACGGCAUUGAUUUGGCCCAAAAUUACUAUGAAGAAGAGACAGAUUUGGCAAUUCAGCUUGUAAACUCUGACAAGAAGCAUCUCUAUGGCAAUCUCGCAGUAUUCUUCACUCUCCCAGCAAUGUUCGGUAACUCCUACAUCCACAAACAGAUAAAAAAGGUAAUUCCGAAAUUAUAUGAAGUUGCAAUGGGAACAAUGGCCGAAGACAAGGUCUGCGGCAUCAUUGGUGACGGAUUAUCUGAAAUUGCAGCAUCAGACGAUUUCGAAGAACUCAAAGGAGACGUUGUUUUACUGAUCACGAAACUGUUUAAAUCUCCUUCGAACUCAAAUUUGGAAUCAGCGACGAUGAUGGUCUCCAGCAUGAAGAAGAAGAUCGACGAGCACGACGCAGGACAGAUCUAUAAGUGUGCUGUCGUUGCAGCUCAAAAUUGCCCAAAUACAACUACAACUCCAUGGAUUUUCAGCUGCUUGAAAACUUUGAUAAAACAUUUUCCGGUAGAUGAAAAAGUGACAUUUGACUUCAUCUCGAAUGUCAUGGAAGGGAAAAUUGCGUUUUUGCAUGAUAUUCCUUUGUUUUAUAAUGAAGAGAACUCAGAGAUAUAUAAUUAUUUGAAAUUCGCGUUUUUGAGAUUCAAAUCUUGCAUUCCAUUAUAUGCAGAAAGGUUCGUUCAGUUCCUUGUAACUGCUAUUGAUGAUAUGAAACUGUCCGCUCUCAAGCCAUUGACUUCUAUGAUCCAAAAACAAAGAUUAGAUAAAAAUCAGUGCAAAAUUGUUUCGAGAUCAUGCUACAAGAUAUUCGAAAACCUUGGCUACACGUAUAAUGAUACUCUAACAGAAGCAGCAAGGUGUUUGGUCGCAAUUAAGAAGGUAUAUUCAGAAUUACUUACAGCUCCUGCAUUGAUUUCACUGAUGAAAGAGGUAAAUGACGCAUUUGAUGACACAGAAGAGACAUUCAGCGGAAAAUUGUACUUCAUUUAUUUGUUACUUUGUUUAUUAAUCGAACAAGACGAAACAGAUAAGUCAGAAGAAGACCAAGAUGAUGCAAACCCUAAAAUAGAGAUAAUUGACAUGCUAGGUUUGUAUCUUGACGAAGUAGAAUUUGUUCAAAAACAAAAUAUGAGUGAUGAGAUAUUGAAUAAGAUGAAUAUUUAUGUAUCGAAGUUCCCAACAUCGGAAUUGGCCAGAGCUAUACUCAAAGUCAUGGUUUCUUUCUUGAUGUUGCCAAAAUUACUCGAAUUCCAUAAUAUUUCACAAUCAACUGAAAAGGAAAUGAGAAGCAAUGUUAGAAAAGUUGCUUCAGUUAACAAAGAUGCUGUUUGCUUUAUUUUUGAGUCUUUUCCAACAAAUUAUGGAACAAGAAGAAAUUUGCAUAGAUUACUUAAUGAUUAA